AUUAAAUUUCAAAAAGUUUUGUUAUUGUGUGGAAUAGUUUUUGUACAAUUUACACAACAUCUAUUUGUGAAUCUUGAACAAGUGACGUAAAUUAUAUCCUCUUCGGCUAUGCACAGUACAAGGUUCGCCCAUCGCGUGAUAAGGCAUAUAAAACCUAAAACUUUGCAAAAUAUUGUCAAUAAUACAACACCCGGCACAGCAUUCGGAUUUCGACGUUUUUCAGCGGGAAAAGUAGCAAAUAUGAAAUUUGUUCAAUUUACUUACUCAAAUAAUCCAAAGGAAAUUCGUGUCGGAUAUUUAGAUGGCGAUAAUGUUAUUGAUCUUAAUAAGGCGGAGCCGACCUUGCCCAGAACGCUGUUGGAGAUUCUAAGGAAUAAGGAAAUGGACCAAAUUUUCCGCCUCUGUGAAUGUGUUACUGACUCAGCAAAGCUCCCGGUAUCAUCUGUUAAUCUUAAAGCACCAAUCACGGGUAUGGACAAAGUUCUAUGCAUAGGACUAAACUAUAAAGACCACUGUGAAGAACAAAAACUGACACCUCCUGAGGUUCCAAUGAUAUUUAGCAAAUUCGCUAGCACUGUUGUAGGCCCAUCAGAUAGUGUCCGACUUAGAGUUGAUGUUACUGAUAAAGUGGACUGGGAGGUGGAAUUAGUGGUAGUGAUCGGGAAGGCAGCGAGUAACGUCAAAGCGGUGAAUGCUUUUGAAUAUAUCUUUGGGUAUACAGUGGCUCAGGAUAUAAGCGCAAGGGAUUGGCAGAAGACUAAGAAUGGUGGGCAGUUUUUGCUUGGAAAGUCAAUGGACACAUUCUGUCCUAUUGGGCCGUGUAUUACUACAAGUGAUGAGAUAACAGACCCUCAAAAACUUGAGAUCAAAUGCUCUGUUAAUGGUGUACUUAAGCAAUCGAGUUGCACAGAUCAGCUGGUACAUAAGAUACCUGAUGUUAUUGCGAGACUUUCAUCGGUAAUGACUCUCCUACCGGGUGACAUCAUAUUAACAGGCACUCCUGGGGGUGUGGGUAUGUACCGGUCACCCCCGGAAUACCUUAAACCCGGUGACGUCAUAGAAAGCUCCAUCCAAGAUAUAGGGACUCUCGUGGUCAAAGUGGAAAAGUUUUAGAACUGCUGAUAUUAAUAAGAAAACGGGAAGAGUCCGUUUUAAGGGAUUACUACGAUAUAUGUAACUUACAUACACACAUUACGAGCAAAAUAAGUUUAAUUUUUUUUAAUAUAUAAGAGGGUAGUUUCUAACAAAAGUAACAAAAUUUUUUUAUGGAGUAUUUCAUGGGUUUAAAAUCCGGCAUUAUUUUUGUAUUCAAAACAAUUCUAGUAUUUAAUACGUAAACGAUUUUUACAUAAAUUGCAUUGAAAUCGCAUAUGUAAAUGAUUAUUAUAAUAUCGCCUUACUUAAGAAGUUUUUGCUGUUAUUGUACUAGAAACAAACUCCAGGGUAUAGUCGUAUAUAAUAAAGAAUUCUUUAAGUUUAUUCACAUUGUUAUUUGUCAUAAUAUAUAAAUGUUCUUUAUCGUUAUAAAUACUGUUUUUAUCACUA